AUGGACACCCUGGGGAAAAGCCGCGUCCUCGGGGCGUUGCUUUGCGCGUCCUACCUGCCGCUGGUGUUUUCCGUUCAAAAUGUCACCAUCCCAGCCGAGCUGAAGUCGGUCGUGGGCAAAGUGGCGGUCAACGCCACCUCCUGCAGCGUCACCUGUGGCCUGGGCUUCAAGGUGGAGGAGAUGUGCGUGGUGACGCCGUCGGGGGAGAGGAUGAACUGCACCCUGCGCAGGACCGACUGCCUGAUGGGCUGGGACUGCGGGCUGCUCCACUUCACCGUCCCCGCGGGCAGGCCCUUCCGCUUCAGCUGCCGGAUCUCGCACGCGGCCGGCGUCGGUCACCGAGCCUACAGCUACACGUGGACGCACGCCCACGGCAUCAUCACCACCAACGACGUCCUGUUCAGGCCUUUGCGAUACCCCGGCUCGGUCAUCAGGUUCUCCUCCACCGAGGAGUCCCACGCGGGCACUUACAGGUGCGACGUGCGGAUGGCCAAGACGUUCAGAGUCGUCAAGAGGAUCUACUUUGGGGUCAGCGUCAUCCACAGCGACUUGGUGGAUCUGAACUUUAAAAAGUCCUUGACCUGGGAGCAGAAGUUAGCAGCCAGCAAGGAGGAAGGAGACAUGGGAAGCGGCACCUAUGAGGAGGCGCAAGAAAAGCGGCCUUUUUGGCAAGAAAAGACGUUUCAUGAGGGGUUGAUGGGCGUUGGAAGCGGCGUGGCUGCGGGUGCCCUGCUGAGCAUGGCUCUCUUCUGCUUGCUGAAGAUUUCGAGGAGAGCUGCACUGUAA